AUGUACUGGAAAAAGCUCAUGCUGUCGGCCCUCUUGGCUGUAGCCCUGUAUACCACUGUAGAGCCCAGAAAAACUCGGCCUCAAGGCUCAAUCCCCUUGCCCUACAAGGGAAAAGGCAACAUAUCAGAGCGACGUGCUCGUAAGCAGGAUGUGUUGGCCUCCAGCCAGGAGGCAUUGGUGGUGACCGAACGCAAGUACCUGCGCAGCGACUGGUGCAAGACGCAGCCAUUGAGACAAAUGGUGACCGAGGAGGGCUGCCGGAGCCGCGCAAUCAUCAACCGCUUCUGCUAUGGCCAGUGCAACUCUUUUUACAUUCCACGCCACAUCAGGAAGGAGCAAGAGGCCUUCCAGUCAUGUGCUUUCUGCCGGCCGCACAAGUUCACCACGCUCACUGUAGAGCUGAAUUGUCCCGGAAUGCAGCCACCGUUUCGCCACCGCAAGAUACAGCGCGUGAAGCAGUGCCGCUGCAUCUCUGUCCAUGUGGGGGAGUCGGGCAGGCCCUGA